ACGUCCGGAUCCUCCAUCCCCAGUCCCCAUGGUCCCAGAGCCAGGCCCUGCCAACAACAGCACCCCAGCCUGGGGGUCCGGGCCGCCGGCCGCCCCAGGGGGCAGCGGCUGGGUGGCUGCCGUGCUGUGCGUGGUCAUCACGCUGACCGCGGCGGCCAACUCGCUGCUCAUCGCGCUCAUCUGCACGCAGCCCGCGCUGCGCAACACGUCUAACUUCUUCCUGGUGUCGCUGUUCACGUCGGACCUGAUGGUGGGGCUGGUGGUGAUGCCGCCCGCCAUGCUGAACGCACUGUAUGGGCGCUGGGUGCUGGCGCGUGGCCUCUGCCUGCUCUGGGCCGCCUUCGACGUGAUGUGCUGCAGCGCCUCCAUCCUCAACCUCUGCCUCAUCAGCCUGGACCGCUACCUGCUCAUCCUGUCGCCGCUGCGUUACAAGCUGCGCAUGACACCCCCGCGCGCCCUGGCACUCAUUCUGGGCGCCUGGAGCCUCGCGGCGCUCGCCUCCUUCCUGCCGGUGCUGCUGGGGUGGCACCAGCUGGGCCACAUACGGGCACCUGCCCCGGGCCAGUGCCGCCUGCAGCCCAGUUUGCCCUUUGUCCUCGUGGCGUCAGGCCUUACUUUUUUCCUGCCCUCCGGUGCCAUCUGCUUCACCUACUGCAGGAUUCUGCUAGCUGCCCGAAAGCAGGCAGUGCAGGUGGCCUCCCUCACCACCGGCAUGGCAGGCCAGGCCUUGGAGACACUGCAGGUGCCCAAGACUCCACGCCCCGGGAUGGAGUCAGCUGCCAGCAGGCGCCUGACCACCAAGCACAGCAGGAAGGCCUUGAAGGCCAGCCUGACACUGGGCAUCCUGCUCAGUAUGUUCUUUGUGGCCUGGCUGCCUUUCUUUUUGGCUAACAUAGCCCAGGCUGUGUGUGACUGCGUCUCCCCAGGCCUCUUCGAUGUCCUCACAUGGCUGGGGUAUUGUAACAGCACCCUGAACCCCAUCAUCUACCCACUCUUCAUGCGGGACUUCAAGCGGGCCCUGGGAAGGCUCCUGCCAUGCCCCCACUGUCCCCAGGAGCACCAGGCCAGCCUUGCCUCCCCUUCCAUGAAGACCUCUCACAGCGGUGCCCGGCCUGGCCUGAGCCUGCAGCAUGUGCAGCCCUUACCCCUGCCUCCAGACUCGGACUCAGACUCAGACUCAGGCUCCUCAGGCCUGCAGCUCACGGCCCAGCUGCUGUUGCCUGGAGAGGCCACCCGGGAACCCCUGCCACCUACCAGGGCCACUGCAGUGGUCAACUUCUUCGACAUUGAUCCUGUGGAGCCCGAGUUGCGGCUGCAUCCACUCGGUAACCCCACAAACUGACCAGGUCUGGAGCUGGCCA